UCUCCCUUUCCCCAACAACUAAUUUUCCCCAACACCGUCCAUCACUUCACCAAACAAACAAUUACCCGACUACACACUUCCAACCUUCCCCUAAAGCUAUUCCGAUUUUGGGUGGAAAAGUGGUAGUGUGUUGGAAUGGUUAUAGGGAAAAUAGUUGGCGGUGUCGAUAUCAGAGAAGAGUGGUAUCAGGAAGGAAAGGUGGUGUCGGGGAAGAGUGGUGUUGGGGAAAGAGAAGGGUAAUGCUAGGAAAAGGUGUUGUCGGGGAAGAAUGGUGUUUAAAAGAGUGGUGUCGGAAAGAAUGGUGUUUUGAAAGAGUAGUUUCGGGAAAGGAUGGUGUUGGGAAAGGAUUGUCAGAUAGGUG